AUGACGACCCGCGACCUCUUGUCCGGCCCUAUUACCCUCUCCGCCGCCAAACAUAGAAGUAGUAACAUCCUUCAUGCCCUGCGCUUCCCCCUGCAGAAACGCGAAUUUUAUGCGCGCAUCGAGCGCCAACGUCAUCUCCUGUCCCAUCUCGUGGCACACCAUCUCAACACAGACUUGACCAAGGUGACCAUUUCUGGGCAAGAGUACUGGCGCCAUGGAUCAUUCAAUCUGUGCGUACCAGUGCACGUUGACAAUGCUGCGGACCCGACGGUACCUCAGUACGCCAUGGCUCGCUUCCCGCUGCCGUAUCGCGUAGGAGAGGCGACGAACCCGGGGAAUUCGGAUGAAAAGAUUCGUACAGAGGCUGCGACAUAUGCAUGGAUUCAUCAAAACUGUCCGGAUGUGCCCAUACCGCGACUGUUUGGCUUUGGGCUGUCUACUAAGCAGCAGGCAAGUCUGCACAUCCAAUUACGUUUUACACACAUAAAUCAUCUUCCACGCUGGUCGCGCUGGUACCAACACGCUCGCCGAUUUGUUCUGGCCGCUCUCCGCCUCGAGCUGCCCUCGCAGCUCGUGCCACACCACUCAGCCGACCUCGCCGACCUAGACGUUGGCUACCUGCUCAUCCAGACCAUAGAAGAUGCGGAAAUGCUUUCAAUAUCGUGGGAUGACAAGUAUAAGGACACUCGUCUCCAAGAAAAUCUACAGCGAGACGUUGCGCGGGUCAUGCUUUCCCUCGCCAACGCUUCGCUACCGCUACCUUGUAUAGGAACUUUUCGUGUUGACAAUCGCGGCUAUCUGCGAUUAGAUAAUCGGCCCCUGAGCAUCCAGUCUACCAUACAAGAGAACGAGGGCAUCCCCGCCAACGCCCACAGACGCCAAAUCUUUACCAGCGUCAAAGAAUUCGUCGUACAUCACGUAGACGCCUUUAGCAACCGCCUGCUCCAUCAGCCAAACGGCAUCGAGAGUCGCAGCGAUGCGAACUAUCAAAUGGCGAGCCUUGCAGGCGCUGCCGCUCUAUUCCCGCAGCUUUUUCGACGCGAGUUUGAUAAUGGUCCGUUUGUCUUCGCCCUGACCGAUCUACACAGAAGCAACAUUCUAGUCGACGACGAGUGGAAUAUCGUGUGUAUCAUUGACCUCGAGUUUGCGUGUUCAUGGCCACUUGAGUUUGUGCAGCCGCCUUUCUGGCUUGGUGGCGAGGCUAUGGACGAGGUGACUAUCACGUCCUUUGCGGCAUUACACGAGGGAUUCAUCGGACAUAUAGAGCGCGAGGAGGCGCUCUUUCCCAAUGCGAGGAGGGGCCAAGAGCCACUUUCAGCGAUUAUGCGGCAAGGGUGGAAGCUAGGGACAUUUUGGGUCACCCUGGCUGUAAUGCAUCCCAUUGCCUUUACCGAAAUCUUCUACGAUCGCAUAUUGUGCGACUUUAUGGGGGUUUCACGGGAAGAAAUGAGCAAGGUGGACCACACAUUUUUUGCCCGGUUCUGGCGCAGAGAUGUAGACCACAUCAUUGACGAGAAGUUGAGAGACUAUGACGGGUAUAACGAGCAGCUCGACUUAUUCUUUGCUGAUGAUACUAACUAG